GUUGUCAUUCAAUCGAGAAGUAGUCAAAUCGAUAUUCUAAAUUUGAAACACAGCCAUAUUGCUUGCCUUAUUCACGGACUUUUAUAGGGGAAGUGGGGGCAUAGUGGUCACCCUAAAGAAUGUGCCCAUUUUUAGCGCCCACAUUCUGAUUUAAUUCCCGUUUCUAGAAAAAUAUUACAGUUCAACUCAUUGUUCUUCAAGAUAACAAACGGCUUUUACUAUAAAAAUUCAAAAUAGUACACUUUCCAUCAUUAGAAAAAAAGGUGAAAAAAUUUUUUUUUGCUUGGAGGUAAAGUGGUCACCCGCCCAUAUCAAGCCAAAUGUGAUAGAUUUAUGCGUGUUUUUCGUCCAAAUUUAUUCAAAUCAUAUUUGUUAUAGUAGGUACAAACAUGACAUAAGCUUGGCCUAUUCACCUAGAGUCUCAAUUUACAUUUUCUCUUGCAUACAAAAGCGUAGUAAGAAACAUAUAACGUUCCGCAUAACGAAGCUUGGUUUAGUUGGAGCGGCAUAUUUAUCCAGGGUCAAAGCCACAAAAGAGUCUUCUUCAAGAGCAGAAUGUGAUGCUUUAGUAAACAGAACAUUGUAAGUUGUUAUUCACCUAUGACCACUUUGCUCCCAAACAUGAAAAUAACUUCUAUGCCAAUUAAUCGCUGAGAUUAAACGAAACAUCUGUUCACCUCUCCUAGAAUAUGUGAACAGUCGUCCAAACUGAUGAUUUGUCCAACAUAUCAGAUUGAAUAAACUAAAUUUCAUUAAAAAUUCCUUAGAUACCAUGCGCACAGAACUACGGCCGAAUGGCUAUCGAGAGAGCAAUUUCUGUUUUUAUUUGUAUUUUGACAUGCGACAGCUCUACUGAAGUACAGGUGACUCAAAAGUCACCUUCAAACCUGGAUUCUUCAAACAUAAGUGACUAUCAAUACGGCAUCUAUAGUCAAUAGUUAUACUACCAAACAAGCAGGUGACCAAUUUGCCCCCCAUGACCAAUUUGUCCCCACUACCCCUACUGCUUUUCGCUGAACAGCGAAACUCAACACUAAUAUAAACAUUGAACGUUUUGCUCAGCUGAGGCGAAUGUGGUAAUACCCAACGAUUGUCAGUCCGUCAAAGUCUGCGUUACUGAUGUUUGUCAAUGGUUGUCCGUUUCUUCGUUUUUUCAUUGGAUGAUCGUGUUUUCCAUCUACAACGCAAGGCGGUAAAAGCUUCAGAUCACCGCAUAGGCCAUGAACCAUGUUUGGGGGGAACAAUAUCAAACACUAACCCAUAUUCCGGAAUCCGAUUGGUCUGAAAGUCGAUCGGAUUCCACGAUUUGAACGAAAUCGGCUUUUGUAUUCUGAAAUCUGUUCGACUCAAAUUUAAUUGAUCCAUGGAAAUGCGGCAACCUUGCCUUAAUCAAAAACAGAAGUUGUGGAGCAAUCUACUCUCUAUCCGAUUAGCAACCUGAAAACAAUUUUACCUUGCUAUCAUUUGAAUACAGAUUAUUUUUUAAUGUUAUUCGAAUACUUAGAUGACAUAGUCCUGACCCUAACUCAACUUUUAUUUCUAUAUUUUUUAACUACAUUUCCGCUAAAACUUUAUCCAUAAUAUAAAAAACAUUAUCAGUCAGAAUUUUUGUACACUACCCACUUGUAGAAAAUGUGUCACUUUGUUACAUACAAAACAUAUUUGAAAGAGUAUAGCAAAUUUCCAUCAAUAUUUUUCGUUUAAAAAGUGUGUUUAUUCCACCCAAAAUUCCGUUUCUAUUUUACAGAAAUAGAACACGAAGCUCAAUGUUGUUGAGUUUUUUAUUUGGAUAUUGUGUUUAUCGCAUUUCGUUUAAAAUCGCGAAAUAAAAAAUAAAGAAAAUGGGACGAGGUUAAAAGGAUGAAAAUUUGGGUUUUUAUGUUUUUUUCUGAAACCAGAUUUAAAUAAACACAAAAAAAAAAUUUCAAUUUAUGCAGAAAAAAAUAUUUUUUCGCAUAGUGUCGCCCUAAUUGGUAUAUAUACGGUAAAUAUAAAGUAAUCGGUAUCAUAGCGGUAUCUAAUAUAGUUUACGACCUAUUCUAAUGGCUAACAAACGUUUUGUGCAUAAUUUCAUUAGAAACGGUUUAGCCGUUUCGGAGGAGUUUGAUAACGAACAUCGUGACACGAGUAUUUUAUAUAUAAGAUUACACGCCAAAUCAGUCGACCGCUGCCUCGGCACUCUUCAAUUAUUUUAAAACUUUGUACGUAUGGUGGCAGAUACCAAAAAUCACUUUUUGCAUUAUUCAAUUGUUUCACAUAAGGCUUUUCCAAAAAUAAUAACUUGGAAUCCAGACGUCUACUUAAAAAAUGAUGUACGGCAAAGUUGUUGAAAAAUAAAUGGAUUUUUUUUGGAAAAAUAAUAUGGGGUCUUGUUAUGAGAGUAAGGAAACUCUUCCUGUUUAUAUACUUUUUAAAAAAGAGUUUUAUUAAAUUCCUAACCUACUUAUUCCCUAUCCAGUGUGAGAAAAGAGAGCGAGCCACAUGGCUGUGGCCUUUUUAUUAUUUCAUUCUGCUGGGUAUGCAUAUCGCAUACCGCUGACGAUGGAUGUGCCGCGUGGCGUGGUAUACCGGCUGGAUUUCCUAACGGCUCCCCUUUUAGUCGAAAGUCGUCCUCGGCUUUCCUCAAUUAUCUUGCUGCGGUAUGAACUUAACCCUCGGUUUCUUCUGAAUAUAUUCAUCUACAAUGUCCUCCAUACUACCCGUUGGCGUGUCUCCCUUGAUAACGAUUUUGGUUCUAUUGCAUGGUGGAAGUAUGUUUUUGAUGACCAAGGUGAAAAUGAUUCCAAGGAUGAUUAGAGUUGUAACGGAGAAUGAACCAAAGGAUAUCCAUUUGAAGGUGCGCAAACUUCCGUGUAUGUUUGUCGUCGUCAAGUUGAGCUUGUGCAGGUGUUCUCGAUGAUUUAGAUGAAGUUUCUGUAAGUAGUCUAGAGGCAUACGAUUGAUGAUUUCAGUGGCGUUUACCUUUAACCCGGUGGUUGGAAUAAAAGACGUUGCAGGUCCUUCAGCGUCGAGAUUUGUAUACUCCUCUCCAUUUAGGUGGAUAGUACAUCCGGAGAACUGAAUUAAGAAAGAUCCCUGCAAGUCUUUCGUGUGUUUAAAACAGCUUGAAGACAUAGUCAUGUUUGCAUCAUUUACAACGAUAUUGGCGUCGUUGAUUUUCUUUACAAAAUUUUGACCAUACGUUUUCUCAACCAUACAUUGGGCAGAACUUCCACUCAUUAGUUGUUGAAUGCAUGCUCCUGCUACUUCUAACUGCGACUCUUGGCAAAUGUAAAGUCCUCUGGUUUUAGGACAUAAAUUUUGCAUAUGGUAAGAUUUGGGUCCUUUUAGAUAGUAGUUUGAAGAUAGAUGAACACGUGUACCAUUGGUUAUGACUGGUUCGAUGUAGUGUAGCUCAUAAAUGACAUCCUUAAUUCUUGGAACUUUUAAGGUGUAGAUAAUUGAAUGUGAGGUUCGAAGAACAUAAGCGCUGGCGAUAUCCAGAAUAGUGCCGAAGGAAUCUAGUUCGAAAUUGUUGCUGGUGAGAAACUGUUGUGCUGCGAAGAUUUCUUCUGGGCUGAUGAGGCGGCUGCUUGGUAUAUUAAACCUAGCUAAAGUUAUAGCCUCCUCUACUAUCUCUAAAUUCUUGAUGAGCUCAUCUAAAUUAAAUAAAAGAUUAACUGAUUCAAAUCCAUCCAUUGUUUCAUUAUAUGACUUGUAAUAGUCGGUAGCUAGCAAAGAGAUAGUUUUUGUUAAGUUAUUGAUUCUUUCUUCAAAUUGCUUGUUAAUUGCUGUUUGCUUAUUAUUUUGUUCAAUUAGUGUAUUGGUAGUGGUAUUAAUGAUUUUCAAAUCUUCGGCAUCCGGGCUGCCUGAUAUAUAUUUCCAGGCUUUUCCUAGGGUUUCCCAUCGUCUGAAUCGUCUAAUAUUUGGCGUUUUCAGUUUUUCAAAAGUUAUUAACAAUUUUUCUUGUUUAGAUUUUAUAAGUGGGUUCAGGAUGUGUCUAUGUGUUAUCUUUUCAUUUGCAAUUACAAUCAGUUUUUCAAUAAUGGAUUCAAUAGAACUUACAUUUACACGGUGGAUAAUUCUAACAUAGUUAUGGCUUAUUCUCGCAGGUCCUAAUGACACAACAGCUAGAGGGUUUUGAUUUAAAUCGUGUAUGCGGACAUCGCAGUGUCCGCCCUGGAGUAGUAGACAUAGUCUGGAAGGAAGAUCAUAUAAAUGAGGGGUUUAGAUAGGAGAUCUUUUGAUGCUUUUCUUGUGAAUUUUGAUGUUUGUGUCGUCGGUCACUGUCUUGUCCGUUUCAGUUUUGAUGUUUAUGAGUCGAUAUCUGUGUCCGUGAGGCGUUGGAUGUGCUUUACAUUUUACUAGUGCUUGUCUAUUUACCAGUUUCUUGAAAUCGUCCUUUGAUAUUAUGGGUAAUUUAGAAUUGUGAUUGUUUGCGUCUAGGGAUAUAUUGUCACUAGCGGUCUGAAGUGUUUUGUUUUUCGAAAGGUUGAUUUCGUCAAUGUUAAGGGACGAUGAAUUUCCAAAUAUUAUUUCUCUAGGUGUGAGUUUUGUCGUCGUAUGCUUUGUCUCGUUAUACAGGGUCGUUACCAAGACUAGGCCCUGAUAAAGUGAAAGAUUUUCUAUUUUGUCUCUAUUCGCCAUAGACAUUUCGAGCAAUGUGUUGUGGAAACGUUCCACAAUUCCGUUGCCAUUACUGCAACUCGCGAAAUGAAGAGAUAUACCAAGUUUGUGUAAGAAUUUGUUAAAUUUUGCAUUUCUAAAACUUGUGGCUUGGUCACAAGGGAUCAUUUUUGGUAGGCCGUAACUUUUAAAGUAUUCAGUCAGAGUCUCCAUUAACUCAUCGGCAGUUUCAUUUUGAAUCUUGUAAAUUUGCGCGAACUUUGAGAACGCGUCAACGAGGGUUAAAAAUUUUUCACCCUCUUUGACAUAAACGUCUAUGAAGACAUUUUCAAACGGUCUUUCAUAAAUUCUUCUACCAAUCGGGAUUUUGAACGGUUUUCGUUCAUAUUUGGCAAAUUUGCAAGAUUCACAGUUUUGUACAAAUACCUUGACCUUAGAUAACAUCCCUGGGAAGUAUACAGAUUUCUGUAGCUCACUGUAUGUGAGUUUCCAUCCUCUGUGGUUAAAAUUAUGACAUCGUUUGAUGAAUUCCUGUUGGUCCGCUGAUGACAUCAAAUCUGGAAGUUUGAGAUUGGAGAAGUUAAUUUUUAAGGUCUUCCUAAAUGUGUUAUUAAUUAUCCUUCGGCACGACAAAGAAAUGUCGAGUGGCGCAAAGAUACCGUUAUUCGUUGUUGGAUCCAGAUAAUCCUUCAAAAUCCUUGUUAGGUCUCCAUCUGAAUAUCCAUUUCUAUGAAAAAUGUGUCUUACUUGACCUGGAAAAGUAUUAAAUAUUAUAUGUGGGCUCUUAGACUUAUCCUUAGUAAUUUUUAAUAUAAGCUGGUUCUUGUAUUUGUUGAUAAUUUCUGGACCAUAUACUUCGUGAUUUUCAAAGCAUUCGCUUUCCAACGUUUGAAGAUUGAGUUCCAUGCGGGGAAUCCUGGAAAGCCCAUCCGCGACUACGUUUUGCAUUCCUUUUUUGUAAAUGAUUCGAAAGUCGAACUGUUCCAGAUAAAGCCGUUGUCGGGUCACUCUGCCAGUGGCGUCUGUCAAUUUUAGCUCUUUUGUUAAUGGUUCAUGGUCCGUGUAUAUAGUAAAUCGUCGACCAUAGAGAUACGGCCUAAACGUUUUCGCGGCAAAAUAUAUCGCUAAAAGCUCCUUUGAAGUGGCUGAGUAAUUCUCUUCAGCCUUUGAAAGAGUUCGAGAGAGAUAUGCAAUAGGUCUCUCUUUACCAUCAACCAGUUGCGAUAACACUGCCCCAAUUGCUACGUUAGAGGCAUCCGUAGUCACAAUAAAAGCUUCGUCAAAGUUUGGAUAGUGUAAUAGCAAAUCCUUAGUCAUUAUAUCCUUUAACUGUUUAAAGGCUGUUCCGAAAUCAUUAGUUACAUCAAACGUUUUACUUUUUCCGCGUAAUUUCGAAGUCAUUGGUUUUGCAAUGGAUGCAAAUUUUGGUAUGAAUCGGCGGUAGUAAGAUACGGUUCCCAAAAACGAUCUCAACUCCUUCAAUGUCCUUGGGAUUGGCCAAUUUUUGAUCGCCUCUACUUUCUUUGGGUUUGGUUUAACUCCUUGAACAGUAACGAGGUGCCCAAGAAAUUCAACCUCUUUGCGAAGAAACUCCGACUUAUUGCACUGUACCUUUAAAUUGGCUUCUUUCAGAGUUUGCAAAACUUUAGUGAUAUCUUGCAGAUGAUUCUCCAAGGAAGGGGAAAAGAUAAUGAUGUCGUCCAUAUAGACGAAACAUCUGAUACCCAGGUGUUUCCUCAAUACAGAGUCCAUCAACCUUUGGAAAGUAGCGGGCGCAUUCUUCAACCCGAACGGCAUGCGAAAGAAUUCGUAUUUGCCAUGAUCUACAUUAAAGGCAGUCUUGGGAAUGUGAGCUGGUUCCACUUCAAUUUGAUGGAAGCCGCUUGCUAAGUCUAACACGGAAAAAUAUUGAGCUUUUCCUAAUCUGUCAAGGAUCUCGCUGAUUUCCGGUAUAGGGUAUCGGUCAGCGGGUGUGACUUCGUUUAGCUUGCGAUAGUCAACCACGAUCCUAUAUUUCUUUUUGCCUGAAUUGUCGUCUUUUUUGGGUACGACCCAAAUCGGAGAUGUCCACUGUGAUGAGGACUCUUGAAUAAUCCCGUUGUCUAACAUCUUCUGAAUCUGUUCAGAAACAAUUUCUCGAAGGUGGUAUGGGUACUUGUAUGUACGCUGAUGGAUGGAUUUUUCAUUAGUCGUGUUUAUAGAAUGUUUUACCUCAUGAGUGAAAGUUAACCUUUCGCUUUCAUUGAAAAAUAUGUCUUUGAAUGGCUUCAGGGUUUUAACCAGUAGGCGGAUUUCUUCUUUGUUUAAAUGAUCGGCAGGAAAUUUUAGUUUACCUGUACUGCAUUUGUCUUCCAACAAGUAAGGAUCAUUAUCGAAUGGUUUUAAGUUGUGAUUUCUUUUCUUUCCAUUUGCAGACAGAAAUACUGUUGCCCUGUUAUCCUCGGCUACAUAUAAGCCAGGAUUUACAGUGACAUUUGAGUUGAUAUCUGUUUCAUGCUCAAUUAAAAAUGUGCCAUUCGAUGUAGUACAAAUCUCACCAAGUUUUUCACGACACUCGUGGAAAUUUAUUUUUGAAGGAUAGUACUUUGUGAAAGAGUACUCUCUGUUACCAAUUUUUAAAAAAUGAUGUGUUGUAUCAAUGAUUGCGUUCAUGCGCGCUAAAUUUUCGUAGCCUAUAAGGCCAUCGAAAAAUGGAUGAAAUUUAAACACGUGGUAUGGCAAUUUUUCACUGAAGGAUUCUGCAAACAAAUUAGCAUGUACAACGCUAUCUAUUACAAAUUUACCAUUUUUGUUUGUUACAACCGCAGGAUUAGAUACCUUGCUAGCGGUUUUGACAUGUUCCGGAUUUAUAUACGACUUAUUUGCCCCUGUGUCGACCAGAAAGUUUAAAUAACCUUUCGAAGUCGUAAAACGUAAAUGUAUGGUAUAAAAUUCAAGUUCGAGAGUUUUUCAAUCUGACCACGUGAAAAUUUAGUUCAUUGGAUUCCACUGCGAUAUCUGAUUCGUCGUCAUCGUCAUCGUCAUUGUCAUCGUCCGAGUCAUUGUCCACUAUGGCGCUUUGCGCUCCAUUUGAUUCAUUAUUAUUAUGCUCAACCCGCGCUCUGUAUUGCUGAUAUGGUUUCUUAUGUUGUUGUUGUUGUUGUUGCUGUUGCGGUGGGGGUUUAUUAAAAUUUAAUUUACUUUGGUGUGCUUGAUUUCCGAAUGCUUUUGGUUUUACCGUCCCCUUUGCGCGUGUCUCGGCGUUAGCAUUAAGCAUAACUGCUGAGUGUGCUUCAUCGAGUGUAGAAGGUUUAGAAUUUCUAAUAAUGGACGCAAGUGGCUCCCCUAUAUUGUCCAAAUAUUUUGAGACUGUUAUCAUCUCGAUAAUUUCGUUUGGUGAAAGCGGGUUCAUUUGAAGAUUAGCCUUCAACUUAGUAUUGAUUUCUUUAACCUCGUUAAAGAAUCUCGAAUUGUUUUUGUUACCUUUACGGAUAUGGAAUAAAAGUGAAAGGUUAGUAGUAAAAUCUCUUUGGUCACCGAAGUUUUCGACCAAAAUUUUCUUAAUCCCCUGUAAAGUACUGGGAUUCCCGUUGGCACAUAGAAUGGUGCGUGCCUCACCUUUAAUUUUGUUUCUUAUUGCUCUGAGAUAGAACAUGUUUAAUGUGUCAGGAGCACCCUUUCGUCCCUUCACUUUAAAGAUAUCGUAUAAUUCGUCAACUUCUUCCAACCACGAGUUUAAUUCUCGUUUGUUGCCCGUGAACUCGGACAAAUUUUUGAUGGGAUCUGGCAGGCGAUAAAGAUCGUCAUUCUGCCCCCCGGCGAGCAUUGUUUUAAGCUCCUCAACCGUGUUACGGAGCUGCUCAAUUUCACUGCACUUUUCGUCUGGCAUUGUUUCGGUAGUUAAGUAUAAUUAAAUGUGUGUACUUACACGAUUAUUUCCAGCAUUCGAUAUGCUGAUAUGUAGGCCCCGAGAAGGCGGGCAACAGUUGUCGUUCUGCUAGGGGCGAUGUCCAAGCGAUGCUCCAGAAUGAUUAUUCGGUGCUGUCACUUUGUCACUUUUUUUUCUAAAACCUCCUGAUGGGUAUCCUACCGACUGCGCCAGUAAGGAAACUCUUCCUGUUUAUAUACUUUUUAAAAAAGAGUUUUAUUAAAUUCCUAACCUACUUAUUCCCUAGCCGACGUCCAGUGUGAGAAAAGAGAGCGAGCCACAUGGCUGUGGCCUUUUUAUUAUUUCAUUCUGCUGGGUAUGCAUAUCGCAUACCGCUGACGAUGGAUGUGCCGCGUGGCGUGGUAUACCGGCUGGAUUUCCUAACGGAGCUAUCACAGUUUUUCAUAAUGAACUCAUCUUUUGAGUAAGAUUUUAUAAAGUGGUAUUCAAAAUGUUAUUGUUAAAUAGUUCAUUGAUGUCUCAACAAUUUCGAGUAAUGAUUUUUUUUCGCCAAAAAAGGUGGACUGUAUUGGAUACGUACGCCGUAUAAAAAUCAAUUGAAAUUAAAAUUGGUCAUCUCAUAAUGAAAAUUGUGAUUUUAAAUAGUUAUCACAAGGUUCAAAAAAUUUUGAAGGGUAGGGUCCAAGACUCGAAAGCAUUGAUCGCGUAAAGCUACAGCAUUAUUACCGAAGAGUUUUCGCCGAAGAACACAGCUUUAUUAUAUCCGACUUGAAACAUGCUGGACCUUGAAGCGACUUUAUCUAGAAACAAUGCACUGCAUUCUCAGCGUUUUUCAUUUGCCGCGUGGCAAUAUCUUGUUCCGCCUGAGGCUUCGAAAAUUUCUUCCAACUCAGAGAAGUUAAAAAUCUAGUGUGUGUGUGUGUGUGUGUGUGUGUGUAUGUGUGUGUGUGUGUGUAUGUGUGUGUGCCGUAGUUUAAGCCUCCACUUCUGCAUCCAUCUAGCUUAGCACGAAAUACGUUUGGAGCGCAAAGCGUAAUCGAAAGCACUCAGACCCCUCUCGAUGAGAUUCCUAUUGAAAUACUAGCAAACUGGUUGUCAAAAGCAUCCAAUUUGAAAUACGCUGCACCUUGACGCCUCUUUUAACCCGAAAAUAAUGCUCGAAUUCACCCAUUGGACAAAAUUGCACUGCUGUUUGCUUUUUCUUCCAUUCUUCCUAUGUAAAAUCUCUCAACAUAAGAAAAAAUUCAGAACUUUUGAAAAUCCUAUAAAAUUUCCGAUUCGACUAGGGGGCAAAUACUUAAAAUUCAUUCGUAGCGAAAGUAGCUAUUAAAAAAAAAUGUAGUUUUAUACAUACAUUUACUUCAAAAAUCAAAAGAAAAGUUAAUCGAUGGAGCCUUGAGUGUAAAAUUGAACGCAUUUUCGCUUGAUGCCCUCCAUCAAAGUCUUUACAGUGUCAUCCGGUACCAGUUUCUCAGUUUUUUUCCAUUUUCUUAACAUGUCCUUCUCGUCUUUGACUGUUUUCUUGCUCUUCCGAAGAUCCCGCUUCAUUAUUGCCCAGUACUGCUCCACCGGGCGCAGCUCCGGACAGUUUGGCGGAUUCAUGUCCUUCGGAACAAAAUGGACAGAAUUGGCCUCAUACCACUCCAGGACACUUUUAGAAUAGUGGCAUGAUGCCAAAUCUGGCCAAAAUAGCGGAGCUUCGUCGUGCUGCUGCAAGAAACGGCAAAAGGCGCUUCUCGAGGCACUCAGAUUUGUAGAUCUCGCCAGUUACUGUGUCCUUUGUCACGAAAGGCUCACUCCUCAGUCCGCAAGAGCAGAUGGCCUGCCAAACGAGAUAUUUGGAGGCGAACUUCAACAUUUUCUUCUUCUUAAAUUUGUCGUCCACAUCAAACUUGCUCUUGCCGGUGAAUAACUCCAACCCUGGAAUUUGCUUAAAAUCGGCUUUUAUAUACGUUUCGUCGUCCAUCACACAGCAGCCAUAUUUUGUCAGCAUCUUCUCGUAGAGCUUCCGUGCCCGAGUUUUAGCCGUCGAUUGUUGCCGCUCAUCGCGGUUUGGGAGGUUCUGUACCUUGUAUGUAUGUAGUCCAGCUCUCUUCUUUGCAUUCUGGACGUAGCUCUGCGACAUGCCGAUCGUUUUAGCCAAAUCACGGCUUGAGACGUUGGGAUUUGCUUUAAUCAUCCACUUCACCUUUCCCUCCGUCUUUUUGUUCUCCGGUCCCGGUUUUCUUCCAGCUCCUUUGCCGUGGUCCAACGUCAACCGGUCCUGGAACCGCUUCAACACUCUGGAGACGGUUGAAUGGUGAAUGUUCAACAUUAUUCCCAACUGCCGGUGCGACAGGUCAGGAAAUUCCAGGUGUUUGGAAAGAAUUUGUUCUCUCGACUCGCGUUGGUUCACACGACUUCGAGUUUGACAGCAUGUAGACAAUACACAUCAAUGAGAAAGUGUGCAAAAUGUGGUUGAUUUUUACCUAAUGGUAAAAAAGUUAUGCCCUGUUGAAUAUGUCGCAAUAAUUUCGUGUUCGCCCUUUAUUGCAAAAUGCUUUCUGAUGAAAGACACAGUCCUACAUAAAAACAUUGGAACAGUGUCGCGCCAAAAUCUGCUAUUCUAUAUUUUGUGGCUACCUACUAGUACCGUAUCAUGAACAAUAUGUGGACAAUGGAACAGUCACGACUCAAUGUUGAAACCAUGAAAGUUAUGAUAAUUGUCAAACUGAACUUGGAUCUGAAAUGCGACAAAUUAUAUGACAAAUCAGUGUCCCUUCACCAUAGAAACGUUUCGCGCAUUCCUCAAUCGAUAGUUGAAAGAGCCGGACGCUUAUUGUUCGCGUCUCUGCUACAAAUCGAAGCUGGUGAAGUUUUUUUUCCCCUCCGCCAAAGUGCCUUUGGUUUUUUUUUUCUUUGACCGUUCGUGGCAAGAUAAGUGCCGUUAAUACCCGGAACAGCGAGGAAGCAGCACCUCUCCGGCAACGCCGGACCGGCGACCUGUGAAUUGGUUCCAGCGGCAUCGAUUUCAUCAUAGAGAAGUAUAAUCAACAACAACUUUUGCCGUCACGCUAUUGUGUUUACCUCGUAGCGUGCGGUGUUGUAUAGCUUCGAAUAGGGGUGUUCAAGGUUGUUCGGACACCGCAAAUUAGUAUUUUGUUUUUUUUUUUUGGAAGAAUUUUUUUUUUUUUUUAGAUAUAUAUAUAUUUAUAUAUUUUUCUUAAAUUUAAGGUAAUUAUUAGUCUAAGUUAGUUUUAAGUUGAGUUUUUGAGCGCGCGUGCGUGUGUGUGUGUGUGUGUGUUUUUUUUCAUAGACGGUUGCGCACCGUUUGCGCAACCGUUAUGACAUCUACCGAUGCUAUUGUUGCGCGGACGCGCUAUUAUCAAUCGACCUCAAAGGGACCAUGGGUUGUUUUCUUUCGGCCCAAGGGAAAAUCGUUGAGAACUCUUGAUAUUUCAAGAGAUUUGCUGCGUCAAUUUUCGGGCGUCUCGAUACAUAAAGAGAGACCGGAUAAACUGCGUGUAGAAGCACUGACUUUUGAUGUGGCCAACAAGAUUGUUGACCACGAAGCUUUUAACAGGGAAUAUCACAUCUACAUCCCUUCUCGAGAGGUGGAGAUAGAAGGCGUAGUAACCGACGCGAGUCUGAGUGUCGAUGAAUUGAAAAAAGCUUCGGGUUCUUUCAAAAACUCGAUGAUAGGUGAUCUUGUAAAGAUCCUGGAUGUUAGAAACCUGCAUUCAGCAUCUUUGGAAGAAAACAAAAAAGUUUAUAAGCCCUCGCACUCUUUUCGGAUUACUUUCGCAGGUUCUGUUCUCCCAAACAAUGUGAAAGUAGAAAAUAUUUUUUUCCCAGUGCGCCUGUUUGUACCACGGGUUUAUAAUUGUACCAACUGUAAAAAGUUGGGACACUCGUUUAGCCACUGCGGCAACAAAUUUCGUUGCGGUAAAUGUGGCGAGAAACAUAGUGAGGAUUCUUGCACACAAACAGUGGAAAAAUGUAUCCACUGUGGCGAGAAUCCUCACCCUCUACAGGAGUGCCCGAGGUACAAACAGCACUCCGAUAAAGUGAAGCGUUCUAUCGCUGGACGCUCCAAGCGGACUUAUGCUGAAAUGCUAAAGACCGCAUCAGCCGCUCAAGAUGAAAACCAAUUUUCGGUUUUGUCAUCUCAAGAAUCGGACUCUGAUUCUGAUGAGGGUCAUAUUACGGCUGCACCAGAAUCUUCAAUAAAGGAUGAAUCAUCAAAAAGAAAGCUCUCUUCACCAACGGUGCACCGUAAGAAACCUAAAGUGACCCUCGGAAGAUUGUCUAAUUCCAAGGGUAAUAGUAAUAAAAAAACGAAUCCGAAGGCUCCUUCUCAGCCAGUUCCUGGUUGCAGCAAGGAUUUUACGUCAUUACCCAGAGAAGAGAGAAAUAAAAACGCUGCUCCUCGAACUUCUCGUAGAAAAUUCGCGUCUAAUCGAGGAUUGAUAGGUUUUUCGGACAUUGUGGACUUCAUACUAAACACGUUAAAAAUUCAAGACCCCCUCAGAAGCUUUAUUUCUGCCUUGCUUCCAUCUUUAAAGUCUUAUCUUAAGCAAUUGACUGCUUCAUGGCCCCUCCUUGCAUCAAUCAUAUCAUUCGAUGGAUAAUUCCCCUAGCGUAGUAGAAGAUAUGAUCAAUGUGCUACAAUGGAACUGCCGUAGUCUAGUGCCAAAACUAGAUUCGUUCAAAUUUUUACUUCAAAAUUAUGAUUGUGAUAUAUUUGCCCUCUCUGAAACAUGGCUUUCUUCUGACACUGAACUCAACUUCCACGAUUUUAACAUUAUUCGCCUGGAUAGAAAUGAUUCUUAUGGAGGAGUACUUUUGGGGAUCAAAAAGUGCUACUCUUUCUAUAAAAUUCCUCUCCCAGCUCUAUCAGACGUCGAAAUUGUCGCGUGUCAAAUAACUGCAAAGAGUAAAGAACUUUGCAUAGCUUCAGUAUACGUUCCUCCAAAUACUAACAUUAGCCGUAGUCAUCUUUGGAAUCUAGUCUCGAUUCUCUCAUCCCCAGUUCUAAUUCUGGGUGAUAUGAACUCUCAUGGUACUGGGUGGGGUGAUCCUUAUGAUGACGCCAGAGCGGCUAUUUUUUACGAUUUAUGUGACGAUUUCAACUUGACUAUCUUGAACACUGGUGAAGCGACACGAAUUCCAAAACCUCCGGCUCGAGAAAGUCGUCUCGACCUUUCUUUUUGCUCAAGCUCGUUAUCAUUGGAUUGCCAGUGGAAGGUCAUCAAUGAUCCCCAUGGUAGCGAUCACUUGCCAAUCAGUAUAUCAAUCAAGUGUAGCCCGCAAUCCACUGAACCAUCUCGAGUUCCAUUUGAUCUAACAAGGAACAUCGACUGGCAAAAAUUUGCAACGGCGGUAACAAUCGGUGUCGAAUCAAUAGAUAUACUUCCACCAUUGGAAGAAUAUCGAUUCUUUGUCGAUUUGAUGUAUAAAAGCUCACUGGAAGCACAAAAAAGAAAAGUUCCAAGUGCUCCGUUUAAAAGAAAACCAGCCACUCCUGGCUGGGACGAUGAAUGCACAAAAUUGUAUUUGAAAAAAUCUAAUGCUUUCAAAGCUUUUCGUAGACAUGGAACAUCCACACACUUCGAGGAAUAUUCGAAGCUUGAAAUACAGCUGAAACAAUUAAUUAAAGCAAAAAAACGCGGUUACUGGAGCAAUUUCAUUGAGGGUCUUUCUCGUGAAACCUCAAUACGUACCUUGUGGAGGGUAGCUCGCAACAUGCGUAACCGCUCAUCUACCAACGAGAGUGAAGAAUACUCCAACCGAUGGAUAUUCGAUUUCGCUAAAAAGGUCUGUCCAGACUCAGUUCCAGCCCAACAUACUCUUCGAGAAACGUCUCCGAGCAGUGGACCUCUGGACGGACCAUUCUCAAUGCUGGAAUUUUCUAUGGCUCUUCUUUCAUCGAACAACUCUUCACCCGGAAGCGAUAUGAUUAAAUUCGUUCUUCUAAAAAAUCUUCCCGAUAUCGCGAAAAGACGCUUGCUAGACUUAUUCAAUACCCUACUAGAAAACAACAUUGUGCCACCCGAAUGGAGACAGGUCAAAGUAAUAGCAAUUCAAAAGCCUGGCAAACCAGCGUCUGACCAUAACUCAUACCGUCCGAUUGCUAUGCUCUCGUGCAUUAGAAAAUUGUUGGAGAAAAUGAUCCUUCGAAGACUCGAUCAAUGGAUCGAGACAAAUAAUUUGCUAUCAAGUACACAAUUUGGGUUUCGCAAGAGCAAAGGAACAAACGAUUGUCUAGCGUUGCUUUCUACAGAUAUUCAACUGGCCUUUGCGCACAAGGAGCAAUUGGCUUCAGUAUUCUUGGAUAUUAAGGGAGCUUUUGAUUCGGUUACCAUAGAAAUUCUGUCAGACAAUCUGGACAGAUGUGGACUUCCUGGAAUUUUGAAUAACUUUUUGUACAAUUUGUUGUCAGAAAAGCGAAUGAACUUCACCCUUGGACAACUGACAACUUCCAGAAAUAGUUAUAUGGGUCUACCCCAAGGCUCAUGUCUGAGCCCCCUUCUUUAUAAUUUUUAUGUGAAAGAUAUUGACAGUUGUUUGGCAGAACAAUGCACGCUUAGACAGCUUGCAGAUGAUGGUGUGGUUUCCGUCAGAAGUCUCCAUGCCGAAAAUUUGCAAAGACCAUUGCAAAAUUCCUUAGAUAACUUGUCUUCUUGGGCAAGGAACUUAGGGAUCGAAUUCUCGCCGCAGAAAACCGAACUGGUAGUGUUUACUCGAAAGCGGUUCCCAGCCCAAUUGCAACUUAAGCUUUUGGGCAGAAGCAUUACCCAAUCAUUGACUUUCAAGUACCUUGGUGUCUGGUUUGAUUCAAAAUGCACUUGGAAUACCCACGUUACGUAUUUGAAGCAAAAAUGUCAAAAGAGGGUCAACUUCCUCCGCUCGAUUUGCGGCACGUGGUGGGGAGCUAAUCCGGGAGAUCUCAUAACACUUUAUAAAACAACUAUUCUAUCCAUUCUGGAGUAUGGCUCUUUUUGCUUUCUCUCAGCAGCUAAAAGUCACCUUCUAAAACUGGAACGAAUUCAAUAUCAUUGUCUGCGUAUAGCUCUUGGCUGUAUGCACUCAACGCAUAACAUGAGUCUCGAGGUUCUGGCAGGAGUAACUCCUCUACAGAACCGAUUCUGGGAACUUUCUCUCAGAAUACUGGUGAAAUGCGGAGUCACGAACACACUUUUGAUUGAAAACUUUGAAAAAAUUCUUCAUCUAAAUAUACAAUCUCGGUUUAUGAGAAUUUACCACCACUAUAUUUCGUCAGAUAUUUGUCUUCCAUCGUUUACUCCAGACCGUGCUCACUUCACCAUCAGCAGUUCCUCAAUUGAAUACGAUCUGUCGAUGAAACAAGCAAUACUUGGAAUCUCAGAUCAGCUUCGAUCAACUUACAUUCCCCGUAUUUUUAACCGAAAGUACUCAAAAGUCAAUUGCAUGAAAAGAUACUUCACUGAUGGGUCUCGCCUCAAUGGAUCCACUGGCUUCGGUGUUUUCAAUGAAAAUUCGAGCGCCUUCCGUAAACUGCAGGAACCUUGUUCCGUUUAUGUUGCUGAGCUGGCAGCAAUCGACUUCGCAUUGGGGAUGAUCUCCAACAAGCCUGCAGACCAUUACUUCAUUUUCUCGGAUAGUCUCAGUUCGCUUGAGGCUCUCCAGUCGAUGAGAACUAGUAGGCACCCAUCUUAUUUCCUCACAAAAGUGAGGCUGCAGAUGAGUGCACUGAUCGAAAGAUCUUAUAAGAUAACCUUUGUAUGGGUCCCCUCUCAUUGCUCAAUUCCUGGCAAUGAGAAGGCGGACACUCUAGCAAAGUUUGUUUGUAUUGUCCCCUCAUCUCACCGUCGCCCACCCUCGACAGCUAGUCGAACACCAGAUGCUAUCCCUGGUCAUUAUGCACAAUGCUACAGUGCGUGCGGCAACCCUCGGUUGAGACAAUGAUACCUCAUAUCCAUAUCCCUAACCUGACCCGUCCCACAAAAAUUGUUGCCCCUCUAACCUCGAGUAAACCGCGAGUAAUCGGUCGAAACCUACUAAACAUAGAUUUAAGAUGAAAUUUUUGUAUAAACAAAACUUGAGUUAGCGGCUCCGCAAAGCUUAUGCGAUUGAGCCUUACAAAUAAACGAAUUGGAAAAAAAAAAAAUAAAAAAAUUAUAUGACAAAACUUCCAAAACGCAUAAUCUCCUUCACAACGUCGCUUCAUCAUUUAAAUAUUCUUUUGUUGUAGAGAACAAAGCAGGUACAUCUCAGAAUGUUUGAUUAAAUUUUUUUUUACUCGGCUCAAUUCACUCAAUGAAAUCCCUCGAAAAAUAUCAAAAGAUAUGUUUUUUUGGUUUACCUGUUCCGUUUUCAUAUCUGAACUAUUUGGUCAGCCUAACCAUACACCAUGGUUUUUACUGUUCUCCGUACGCGGUCUAUCAUCACGAGUUCUGUUCCCACUUGUUUGGCUGCCAAAUUCCAUUUCCGCUUGAACUGAAGGAUUUUAAUUGCAGUUCUACCUUUUUUAUUCAGUGUGUGUUCCACAAUCGACCGAUAUUCCUCAACUGGUCUUAGUUCCGGAAUAUUGGCCGGAUGCAUCUCCUUGAGAACCACUAUAACGCCAUUUUUGCUCCAGCACUGUUUGGAGGACUUUGAGUAGUAGCAGCUUGCCAAGUUCGACCAAACAAGGCUAUCCACUUCAUGCUGCCCCAUAGAAGGCAGUAGCCUCUUCCGUAGGCACUCCUCCUGGUAAACUUGCUGGUUCAUGGUCCCGAAAGUAACAAAUGUUCGUUUCUCAGUCCACAAAUGCACUUGCAUCCCAGACAAGGAACUUUUUGUCUCGUGACAUUUGUAAACACAGAUUUGGCAUGGUGAAUGUUAUGUAGUUGUUACUU